UGGAGCAUCAGUGAGGCUGGUGCCUGCAGUGGUGUUCCCCACUGAGGACUGGUAGAUCUAGCAACGGUUUGAGUGUCCUUCGUGCAGGAAUAUUGUGCUGAUCUGGGACAGAGGAUGAUGGUUGCGGGGUUAUUAAGCCUGUCCUAAUUGCAUUUUUCUCCCCCUCCGCUCUCUCUCAGGUUCAUGUCUGGGAAGGGGCUGGUCAUCUAUCCAGAAAUUGGGGACAAACUGGACAUAAUCUGUCCGAAGGCAGAGCCGGCCAAACCAUACGAGUACUACAAGUUGUACCUGGUGAAGCGGGACCAAGCCGAGUCCUGCAGCACAGUCAUGGACCCAAACGUGCUGGUGACCUGCAACAGGCCUGAGCAGGAAAUCCGCUUCACCAUCAAGUUCCAGGAGUUCAGUCCCAACUACAUGGGCUUAGAAUUCAAAAGGCACCAGGAUUACUUCAUCACAUCAACUUCCAACGGGUCUCUGGAGGGCUUGGAGAACAGAGAAGGUGGGGUCUGCCAGACCCGCUCAAUGAAGAUCGUCAUGAAAGUGGGCCAGGAUCCCAAUGCGGUGAUGCCUGAGCAGCUGACAACCAGCCGGCCCAGCAAGGAAUCAGAUAAUACAGGGCACAUUGCCACACAGAGCCCUCGCAACAGACUCCCGCCUGUGGUGGAGCACCCUGGGAAGCCAGACCCCGUGAACCAGGAUGGCCAGGACUCGCAGGGCCCCGCGGACGGGUUCUUCAGCUCCAAGGUGGCCGUCUUCGCGGCGAUCGGCGCCGGCUGCGUCAUCUUCAUCCUGCUGAUCAUCUUCCUCGUGGUCCUCCUGAUCAAGGUGCGCAAGCGGCACCGGAAGCACACGCAGCAGCGCGCAGCGGCCCUGUCGCUCAGCACACUGGCCGGCCCCAAGGGCGGCGGGGGCGGCGGCAGCGCGGGCUCCGAGCCCAGCGACAUCAUCAUCCCCUUGCGGACUACAGAGAACAACUACUGCCCGCACUACGAGAAAGUGAGCGGGGACUACGGGCACCCAGUCUACAUCGUGCAGGAGAUGCCCCCGCAGAGCCCGGCGAACAUCUACUACAAGGUCUGAGCCGCGGCCUGCACCCGCCGACAGGAAGCACUCGCCGAGCGAGGGGGGCGGCCCCCGGUGUGCUUGCACUGCGAAGGAGGAGGCACGGAAGGCCUCGUGCGGCCAGGGCGGAGCAGUGGCUCCCCGCCUCAUGCCCCCUCGCCCGCCCGCGCCCCCCUCCUUCCUCCCCUUAGUAUUUAGUUUUGUAGUUCGGAGCUUUUGUAAUCCCAAGACUUGGGGGGCAGCGUCCCCCACUUGAGGCCUUGGGGAUGCUUCAAGCUGGUCGUCGCCAGCACGUUCUGCAGCCCCCCGGCUUGGGCUCUGUGCCUUUCCUCACUUUGAACUUGCCUGGGGACCUGGAGGACCUCCGCCACUGCCACGCCAUCACCUGUCAGGGUUCGGUCCUGGUUGGAAUUUUGCUCCCAGAUUGCCGUGCUCGCUCCUGCUUCCAUCAUUUGGGUAUUUGUGGGGUGGGGCAGGGCUGCGCCGCGUGAGUCCCAGAGCUGGGCGAUCCCGGAGAGUUGGGUAGAGGAGCCAUCUGCCUGUUACAGAGGUGGCAAAGCUGCAGAAGGAGGGAGCUGCCUGACCCCAACUUUCUACAAUUAUAAUUUUCAAAUAUUUUUUGUAACGUCGUUCUUAAGCAAAAUGGUGAACCCUCGAAACUCUGGGCUGCCCCCCUGCUACUUCCCAGCAAGAGCUUUCCCUCUCGCUCUAGCCCUCUCCUCCCACGGCUGCGCACAGCCCUGGAGUGCAGCCGCCCCCUGCAGACGGUCUCUGCAGCGUGGAUCCCCCGCACCCACGUCUCCCCGUUCUCGGGCUCCCUUUUGCUGUAGGUUUGUUUUGCAAAACGGAAAGGUGAAAACUGCGAUGGCCAGUGCGAGGGAGAAUCCCGCUUUGAAGCCGCCCGUUGGAGGCCUGCUCCCUCCCCGUCCUUGGGCUGAGCACAUCCCAGCCAAGCGCUCUUUCCAGGCAGCCGCAGGCAUGAGGCUGCGCGACUGCGCCAUCUGGCUGGGGAGCGGGAGGGCGGUGGCGAGGUGGGACGGCAUGUCCGGCAGGGGCAGGUCCCUCCCCCGAAGGAUCUAGAGCCGGGCCAGGGCCGUGAGGUGUGCUUUGCUCUUGCCACAGUGGCAGCCCUUCAGAUGGCACUUUGGUUUUCUCCAUGAGAGUGGGUGACAAACUCUGGGAGGCACACUCUGCCUGUGGCAGCGUGGCAGGUGGGAGUGAAGCCCUCCCCUUCCUUUGCACGGGAUGCUGGCCUGGUUGCUGAGCUCCUCCAGGGAAGGCCUGUGGACCAGCAACGCUUCUCGAGGGGCGGGAUGGAGCGGGGUGCGUCGCAGCUGCCUUCAGAAGGAAGCUGGGGCUGGUAGGAACACCAGGGCGGCCUCCCUGGGCGGAGUCCCCCCUGCCCCAGCCUGCCUCGGCCCCGAAUGGCCCGCUGCGUGGACUGGCAGCCGUGGCCAUCCAGGCCCCCCAGGGGCGGCACCCGCCAGGCCAGCCAGCGUCCCGCCCUGUUUGCCGGAGCCAAGGGGGAAGGAGGCGGCAGUAUGGAAGGGGUGCCGCGGUCCCCUGGUGUGUCCUCUCGUUUGACUCAGCUUGCAGGCCCCGGCGAGGUUGGGUCCUGGUGUGGUUGCGGAAAGCGUCCCCCCCUUGAGGUCUGCCCCGUGAGGCCCACCACAAGCACGACGCCCACAGCCUCUGGGAGCGCUGGAGGCAGGUUUGACUGCUCCGCAUCGUUUCAUGCGCCAUCUCCCGCAGAGAAGGGGGAGCUCAUCUGCGGCUUGGCCGGCCCCGGAGCCCGGCCAGCCACUCUGCACUAGAAGCGGGGCUCAGCUCCUCUGAUCGCCUCGGCACACCCCACGGGGCGCCGCGAUCAGGGCACGAGCACCAAUCAAAGACCCUGCUGCGCCCCUUUCAUGGUCUCCAGGCGACCGCUCUCACCCCCCACACGUCCUGCGUUGUGGGGGGGGGGCUCCAGCUGCAAUCCGUGGAAGCCGCUCCCGGUGCGCUGCUGAGAUGGCGCUCGCCCUCUCCCAUUGCCAUGCUGCAUUCGCCAUGCCAGAAGCCUUACUUUGCGUGGAGGAGGCGACCACACUCCUGCCUGCAUCCGUGCCCUCAUGCAGCUCGCCCUCUCUGCCCGCCGUCCUUCCUCCCUUCCUCCCUUCCUCCCUCCCUCCCUCCCUCCCUCCCUCCCUUCCUUCCUUCCUUCCUUCCUUCCUUCCUUCCUUCCUUCCUGGAGAGAGCGGAGGCCCUUCCUCCACCACGCACACGCCCAGCACCUUCCUCCGCCCACUGCUGCACCAAAGCCUUACUUCUUCUCCACAGCUGACAGCCAGAUCUGCUUCCUCACCAGCCCGCCCCCCCGCCCCCAUGUCCUCUCAGCCCACACGCCCUCCUGCACGGGCAAGAAACGGGCCCUGCUGCCCUGGCAGGAGUAGGAUCAGGCCGCCGGAGAGGCCUCUGCUCCCCUGCGGUGCUCUCUUGGGCCCCGGAGCAGCCCCUCCAGCCCCUUCCCAGGCCCUCCCUGCCGGCAGCGGCCGCGUUCCUCCCUCCCCGCUCUGCUCCGGCCACGCACUGUUUCUCCCCCCACCAGGAUCGCUGUGCAGGGGCGGGGAGGGGUCCCCAUCCCUGCCCCCGCCCCUGCCCCUGCAAGGGCUUCAGCAGCCAUGCGCUUCGAGGGAUGGUCCGGGUGUCAGCCCAGGACGUGGGUAUCUCAGGGCUCACCCAUACGAUACCUGACAGCCUUUGUUUUUGUAAUUGUCGUUGGUGUUGUUAUUUAAACAAACUCAGAUUUCCCCGCCCCUCCCCUGGUCUGUGGUUUGUUGCCAAUGUAGGUGAACGCAGGUUGCUUAAAACCUGGAGGGGGCAGAAUUCUGCGCCUUAUAUGUGGGCGCAGCCUGCAGAAAUAGCCUGGAGAGGGAGGGCGGGAGGGAGGGAGGGCCCCGAUGCUUUGGCCCCGAGCCUGUGGGCUGGAUUUGCACCCCCCGCCUUCCCAGCACAAACCUGCUUCUUGAAUCAGCUCAUCUCGAGUGCAUCCCCCACACGCCUCCCAGGCUUGGCAGCAGUUGCAGAUGCAACCCGCUGGGUGGUGCAGCCCCACUUGGUGAUGGUUGGCAAAGCCCCAACUUCGGAUUGGCCCUAAGGGAGUGUGGGCAGUUCCCGAGUUGGGCCGGGAAGUGACCGGAAAAGCUGGGCUGGGCUGGGGGCUGCAUGGAUCCCUUCCGAGGCAGCAGAGCCAGCGUUGGGGCACUGGCAGCAAGAAAUCAAAGCAAAGUGUAGGAUGCCGACUUGCGCAGAGCCACAGUUGUUCACUCUGAAUGUAAUCUUGCGAGGUCGUUUCCAGGAAAUUCUGGAAGCCCCAGAAAACUAAGAAAACGCCGCGCUGCUCCUUUUGCCACCUGCAGAGGCAUCCUUCCGGCACGCUGCUCCUGGAGUGCGCUUCCUCUCUCUUGCACAUGGGGCGAAGUACGACUCGGAGGGGAGGGGGGCUGAGCCGCUUCCUCCAGGAGGUUGCCUCGAGUUCGCCCCUCCCCAGGGUGAUUUCGGCCCCCUCCUCCUUGAUGCUACCUGUCCUCUUGAGUGUCUGCUCGAAGGCAGUGCCUCUGCUCAAAGGUUGCCACCAUGGAAGGAGCAAAAUCGACGAGCUGCGGACAGCCAAGUGAACAUGGGAAGUGGGGGGGGGGGGGGGGGACAAGGAAGUGCUUUGGGCCGGGGAGGUAUUUUUAGCACCUCUGUCGGCUGGGUCCUAAAGCAGUUUAUUUUGAGUUCUUCCCCCUCCCCCAUCAAAGGACACUUUUUUAUUUGAGGUUUUAUUUUGUGUAAAUAACUAGUCUGUUUUGGAAGAUAUAAUGUAAAGAUGUUUUGUAUAAACUCUGGAUUAUUUUCUGGUUGCUUUUUCUUAGAAAAAAACAAAUAAGAACUAAAAAACAAGGGAAAAACAACCACCACAAGAACGGGUGUAGAACAUUUGUCAUACAUGCGAUCCACCUAAGCAGGGUUCAUCCAUCAGCAAAGACCAUUCCCCAUGCUCUGUGCGUGUGCGUGCCCGGGAGCGGACGUGGCGCUCAGCAGCCGAGUGCUCCCAGGGAAAAAGCCGAUCCGGGGGUGCGGUGGGGGGGCCGGGCUGGGCUUGGGCAGGGACCGAGUGGCCGUGCCUGCAGUUCUCUGCUGCUGGAGAACAAAAGCCCUGCCUCACUCAAAUCGCUUGGAGUAGCGGGUUUGGAUUCAUUUCAAAGUCCAGCAUGCAUCAUAGUUUUGAGCAAUGAGAGGAGCUGGUUGAGCAAUCAAACGGGGCUGAAGUAAUGCUUUGGAAAGGUUUCCCGCCCUGCCCAGGGCCAGGACUGCUGCAGGGCCCCGCAGGGUUCCCCUCACACCAUCGGCCCGCUCCUGGCCCUGCACGCAGGGAUCGGUGCCGUGUCCCUGUUUUCCAAAGAUUCUUGGGAACUGCCGUUUGGCGUUCUGCUGAGAAUUCUGUCGGAGACCCUCACAAGCUGUCCUGGGCAGAGGGAAUGAGUCUCCCCCCGACCCCGGUCUGAGUGUCUAAACGCACAGGCAGUUAUGCCUGGGACAAGCUUCAGCUCUGGAGCCUAUUCAAAAACGGGAAAUCUUGGCAGGCCUCCAGCUGUCUUGGCUAUUUCAGAGGUGGAGGGACAGGCUCGCUCAUAUCCACCAGAUGUCCGGGGCUGCAUUUCCAGCGCUGCAGAUCCAUGGCCUCUGCAGCUCUCGUGCCGGUGCGCCCCAUGCCCUGCUGCCUGGCACAGCUGCUGCAUGAGGCUGGCGCAUGCCAGGCUUGGCCUCCGGGCCCCGCCUCACGCAGCAGAGGCUGCAGCCACAGCCCUCCCGGGCUCCUGCCCUGACACUCAGUCAUAGAACAGUGCAGUUGGGAGGGCCAGGAAGGCCACUGGUCCACCCCCGUGCUGUUGCAGGACACCAGUUGACACCAGCCCACUCCAGUGGCUGCCCAGUUUCUCCUUGAAUGCCUCCAGUGCGGGAGAGCCCACCGCCUCCCAGGCCCCAGGAGGGAUGGCUGGCGUCCGGCUGCCUGGGAGCCCGCUCCGGCUCGCCCUCUGUUUCUGGCAUGCUGAACUCUGGCCCGGGGGGUUGGUGCAGUCAGCACACCUGUGCAGAGGUGGCCCUGCCAACGGCAAGCCAAACACUCUCACCAACCCAGCUGGGAGAGCCAGUGGUGAGGGAUGGUGGGAGUUGUAGGCCAAGCCAUCUGGAGGGCCCCCCGUUGCCCAGUCCUGGUGCAAGGGGCAUGUGCACACACUUGCCCCAACAGGACAUCAUUUGGCCCUCCAGGGCCACCCUGCCACAUCCCACCCUGCACUCCGGCAAGCAGCCACCUUCCCUUUUCCACCUGUAAGCUGCAAAUGGCCUUCUGUCGCCUGUAUCAUCUCGGCGCAGGGCAGCAGCCCGCCCUCCUGCCUGCCGAGACCAGGCUGCCACCUGGCUGCCCCCCAGGAACGAGUGGCUGCUGGCAAAAGGGAGUGAGGCUUGGGCCUCCAUUGCCCCGGUUCUCCCUCCCCCUCCGAGGGUCUCAUGGUGGAGAGCAGAGCGCUAGCUCGCAAGACCCCUUCACACAGGUGGUGUCCCCUCACUUGCUUCUGGAUUUGGGCGGGCGUGCCGCAGAAGGCGGCAACUGAGGGUUUCACUGCCUGUCGGUCCCAUUUUAGCUUCCACUCAUGUUCCACCAACGUUAGAUUUUUAUGCCAAGGGCUCAGGGUGUGGGGUUUCCUAUUGGUGACACAGAAUUUACCAGAACAGUGUGAUCUUUUUGUUGUCAUUCUGUCACUUUUUAGAGAUUCCUUUUUAUACACAGCUUUCACCCAAUUACCAUGUCAUGAUUGUCAUCAGUAAUAAAUAAUCUGGGAUUUGAAUUCCCUGGAGCCAUGAUGGAACCUGAUAUAUUGUUAAAUAAAAGAUUUUUUCCUAUGGAA